AAGAAGGCUCAUUGCCAAAAUCCGAAUUUAAUUCAUCACUUCAGGUUGUUUAUCUCAUAUCAUAGAUAUCAAAGUUAUAUUAUUGCCAUCAGGCCACAGGUCUAAGCUGGAAACUGAGGACCCUUGAACAUGUGGAUGAGUUCACCCAUCGCGUACACUUUUACGCCGUGCUGUCCGAUUUCAAAACUGAAGAUCUUGUACAUUUGUUGAUGCUUUCCAUUCCAUGGUCUACCACUGUCCAUGCAAACACACCAUGGUCCCGUGCCUCAGUCCCUUUGGCACUUUUUCGUGUUGACUCCAAGCUUUUUUUUGUUCGUCACCCACAAUCGGAUGGUCAAGUCGAGAAUCGGAACAAGAUGAUUGAGACAUGCAUCUGGCUUACGCCGGUCUGCGAGAGAGCCCAAAUUCCUAGCCAUGAGCGAGUUUGUUCUAAACGUUCAACUUUUUAUGUCUCUCACCAACAAAGCUCUACUGAGGUUGACUUUGGUUAUGUUUCCGUCCGCUCCCACAGUGUCUCUUUCCCUCCAGCUACCUCACGACUCAUUCGGCAAGCUGUUGAUAUUACCGAAAUACUCAAUAGAUUGCUUGACACUGAACUUGCUGCUCAUUAAGCCGCUUUCUCCAAUUUUCGGUAUUGCUAUGACCGACGUCACAAAAAUCAACUAUUUUCAGCCGGCGACGAAGUCUAUCUCCAUCUUUCGUCUUUCGUAGUUUGGCA